AUGGUAUGCUGUUGUGGAAAGAAGAAUAAUAUAGAGUAUCUUUUUCUGUGCUUCUUCUUAAUCUAUGAGAAGAAUGAAAGAUUACUUUAUAAAGAAGACAAACAAAAAUUUAGUAAACAAAAUUUACUUCCUUUUUAAAAUCAAAAUCUAAUUUAAUCAUAAUCAUUUUGGUGUAAUUUAGUAUUAACUAUGAUUAAAGUUGCCUUAGAUUAUAUCUAAGGGACCAAUUACAAGUUUAUGAAUUAUUCGUGGUCGAUAUCUAACUUCUAUAUUUUGAUUUCAUUUGAUUCAUAAUGGCUAUGAGAAAAAGAAGCGGUUCUGGCUCGAAAAGACAUUUAAAAGAGAAAGUUGUGCAAAUAUACGAGUCCUUUUUUAGAGGGGAUGAUUUGACCAGCGAUAACCCUACUUUUUGGGAUGAAUUCUUUUUACUGAAACCAAAAAUACCUCAGUUGGAGGCUGAAAUUCAUAAGCUUUCUGCAGAACAGUUGAUGAAUAUGACAGAGAGCAUCAACAUGUUAGUAGCGCAGUGUAUAGAAAUGUUAGGGCAGGAGCAUCAUAUAAGGUUGGUCUAUGGCCUACAAACAAUGAGUGCUCUUCUAAUUACAAUGUAUCAAAGAGUUAGUCAAGAUUCUAAUAUUAAUAUUAAAACUAUCCUUAUAGGCGAAACUGAUAGUGACUUAAAAAUGCAAAAGCUUCUUGAGCAUUGCAGCAAUAUAUUAUCUGGUGAUGUUCCAGAAAGUUUGAAAUCAAUGGUUCUCAAGCUGUUACUAAUAAUAGCAACAGGAAUAGAUAGUAUUGAUGAAAAUCCGCUUGUUGAAUAUUUAAUGUUAAAUUCUUUAUUUGAACCACUCAUACAGUUAUUAUGUACAUCUACAGAAAGACAACAACAUGGAUAUGAUGUUGUAAUGCUACUCAUGUUAUUGGUCAACUAUAAAAAACAAGAAUCGGCAAAUCCAUAUGUUGUAAAAUUAUCAAUACUUGAUGAUGAAUUAGCAUUGAAUGGGUAUGGCCAAGUGAUUAUGGCAACAUUAAAUGAUUUUGUCAUGACUAUAUUUGGAGGAAUGCAAAGUGGUGGGGGUGGAAGUGGCUGGCUAUCUUCACUCACAAGCAUGGUGGGGGGGAUAUUCCUCACUAGUGAUGACACUCAACCAGUUGUCAGAGGACAAAGGAAUAGCGACGGUGAGGAAGGUAUGCUGCUGGCAUUGUACGAAGCUGCGCAUCUAAACCGUAACUUCAUGACGACUCUCGCGCAUUCCUCUGCCGCGACGUCUUCCACGCCACCAUCACCGCCUGCCACGUUACCGCCGCAUGCAGCUCCACCAAAUUUGGCCCAAAUACAAGCCUUGGACAAUGAUCAGCCCACUAAUCUUCUAGUAACAUUCUUCCAAUAUUGUUCUAUAGUAAUGGCGGACACAAGAACAGAGGCAAGCAUAAACAAAUGCAGUUUAUGUUUCAUCACACUUACUUGUAUAGUGGAAGAGCAAUUCGCGAACUCUAUAAUGCAUGACCAAAACUUAACAUUUAAGGUACAAUUAUACAGAUUACCUAUGAGGCAUAGAAAAAUAGUACCCGAAGAAACAACUUCUCAGCCUUUAGCUUCCACAUUAAUAGACCUUCUAGUCGAGUUCAUAAUGUGCCACCUGCUGAAGAAGUUCCCAGGGGAACUAUACGAGUUGUGUGUAGGAGUGUUGCUCAGGCUACUUAGUUAUCAGAAACGGUGCCGAGUGAGACUCGCGCGAGACUGGCGCCCCCUGUGGGCGGCUCUCAUUGCAUUACUCAAGUUUCUCGUCACCAACGAAACUGUACUCCUGCGCAGGCAUAACAUAUUCACAAUGGCCCAGCAGGUCGUAAAUAUCUUCAAUUUGUUUAUAACUUUUGGAGACACGUUUUUGCCGACACCGGCUUCUUAUGACCAGUUGUACUAUGAGUUGAUUAGGAUGCAUCAAGUGUUCGAUAAUCUAUUUUAUAUGGCUUUGAGGUAUUCGACGGGAGAUGGAGAAUACAAAGCCGAGGCAUUGCGGCUUGCGAACUGUUUAGUAAAUGUGAGGGCUAUUAUACAACACUUUUCGCCUAAAAUCGAGACUUGGUUAGCUUCACAAAACUUAUCCACGCCCUCUGAAGACCAGAUUUUGGACGUAGUUAGAAAAAACUACGAUAGUUUAAUAUUAAAACUGCAAGAAGGAUUAGAGUCUUACGAGAGGUAUUCUGAAAAAGGUCACCGGCCUUUACUAUCCAAGUUGGUUCUGACAGCAAUAGCUGCCGCCAGAAAUCGAAGUGACGCCGCAACGAAACAUCUCAACACAGCUGCCGCUGAUGCUGUGUCCCAUUAUGCUGGGAUAGCUUGAAAUUAACUCCUACUAAUGCAGUUUGACAAAUCAAUACUAUUUAAUAUAUAGACACAGUAAUAUAUUUUUAGAUAAAACAAGGAUGUGAAGAACUAAACGUGACAUUUACGUAAACAAAGUAUUUCGAUAAUUGCUUGAUCGAACACUAACAAAAAUAAGAUAUUUUUUUUUAAAUCGUCUCUUUAUGUGUAAAGGCCACUAACGUGGUAAAAAUUCAAUUUUUUGGCAAAAAAUAUUCAUUAAGAUAAUCGCAUCUAAAUGGAUAUUUUAAUAUGAAAAUGCUACUUAUUGAUGCAGUAGACUUAAACUUUUACUGUAGCAAAAAAAAUACUUUGUUUCUUUUUCCAAAAAUAUUUGUAUCUUUUGAGAUGUUUAUUGUAAAUAUUGAUGAAAUUCAUCCUUAAAGUUGGAAUAAUAAACAAAAACAACACGUCAAAUGUCACAUCUCGUUCUUAGAGAAAUAACACUUUAUUGUUAACACCAAAUAAUAUAUAUUUUUAUUUCCAUAUAAACCAAAGCAGAGAGAAGGGUUGCUAUUUGUUUGAUUCGAUAUUGGUAUAACCAAUAUCGAAUCAGAUCGAAAUCUUCAUUGUCUAAAGUUAUUCAAUUCAGAUACUUAUUUUACUCUUCAUUUGCAUGAAUGUGACCAUUUUUUGUUCAUAAUAUUUAAGAUUUUUUUAUUUUCCCAAGUUCCUAUUAUUAUUGUGAUUUCAUAAAUGAAAAACUGAUAUACUCUGUGGACUACUAAUAUUAUAGAGAAAAUAUGUCGAAUCAUAAUAUUAUCGAAUAACAUUUUUACUUAAACAUUGAUUUAUAAUCAUCAUUAAAUUACACAAUGUGUAUAGUUCCAGCAACAGAAUUCAGUACUGCCAUAGUGUUUUAAUUAUUUAAGAUUUAUAAAAAAAAAAUGCAGAAAUACCCUUUUUCCUGAAUGUGAAUAUAUACGAAUCAUAUGCGUAGUAAUAUUUGACUAUAUCUAAAUGUCGUGAAUCUUAUAACGUGUGAACGCUUAAAGAAAAAAAAUGAAUCAAAACAGACACAGUACCUAAUAGGGAUGACGACAAAUUUUUGUUUGUUUGUCCGUCAGGUAGACUAUUGAAAAAUAUUAAACACGCAUUUUUUUUAUUAAUCAUUAAAUUACGGCGAUACAUUGAGUUAAAAUGUCACACGACGUCACGUUCGUAAAUCUACAUUACUGUGACGUAGCGAGCCCCCGAUCCACCACUUUAAUAAAUAACAAAAGUAUAUAUUGCUAUUGCCAAAUAUAUUACUUAGCUAGUGAUACCUACAUACCUAUUAUAACAUUAAAGUGUGCUAUAUAAAUAGACUUAAUAUAAUGGGUUAAAAAUCCGUUGUCAUGGACUUUCUUGUUGUAGCUUUUCUUUAGUUAGAAUAUAUAAAUUAUCUUGAUUUAUUUUUAUACUGUAGUGGUAUAAUAAUGCUUUGAUUUAAUUUAUCCAAUCAUUGUAAUAUGAUUUUAAUAUAACAGCAUAUCCCUUUGUAGCUAUAUUUACACAAAUACUAAUAUUCUAAUGCAUAGAACUGAAUUUAUUUAAAGUAUGAAUGUUAUCCUUAAUAUAGGAUUUAUCAAUUUAUUUUAAAAUUAUAUAAUACAUAUUGGCUCAUUUAUAUUGAUCGAUAAGACCUCCAUGCAGAAUACGAACGAUGCGUUCAUUACAUUGGUUAACCAAUAUAAAUCAGUGAUCGCCCAAUGAAAAUGAAGUACAUGAAUCGAUCGCACACCCCACGCGGGCUCUAUCGACCAAUGUAAAUGAGCCAUAUUAGAUAUUAAAUAAUAUAAGUUGUUGAUAAUGCUAAUAAAAGCAUAUUUGUAAAACUUCGUUGUAAAUAUAAUUAAAAAUAUUUUGUGC